UUUGCAACAAGCUUUUUUUGCAGUUUUCUCAGAUUUCUGAGCUCUUUUUUGGCCUUUUCUGUUCGUUCUCUUCCUGAGCGGUCUUCUAACACGUUUGCUGAUUCAGUCCCACAUCAUCAUCAUCAGCAGCAGCAUUGCAGACAACAAUGUCAGCAGAACUUGGAUCUGCACCUGCACCUGCACCUGCACCUGCACCUGCACCUGCACCUGCACCUGCGCUGCCGCCGCGCGCGCCUCGGAUUGUCAAUCGAGUUGAGACCCGGUUUGAACCAGUCUGGCUGGGAUUGCCCUCGGCGUCCGACCUGCCGCCGGCGACGUUCUCGUACAUUGCCAAUGCAUCUGGCUCAUCGCUGGUCUCGGUCGCAGGCGCCCACGGGCAGCACGGCCGCGACGGCACGCAGUUUGGCAUGCCCGGCACGGACGGGAGUGCUGGUGCGAACGGGCGACCUGGCCUCGAUGCGUACUCGCUCGCUCUCACCAUGACUGCAGUGACGACGAGUGCUACAGCUACAAGCGCAGCAGGUAGUUCCAGCCCGAGCGGUGGCAGUGGCAGUGGCAGUGGCAGUGGUGGCUUGGUUGGUGAGGCCCAGCAGGGGGGGUCAGCUUCGCCCGAGGAGAGCGAAUCGUUCGUUGUUGCGCUGCGAGCAGUCUUUGCACCCGCGCCGGGACAGCCGCCAAGCAACAUUGUCGAGGAUCGCUUGCCAUUGCCAUUGCCAGGCGAUAGCAGAGGCAGCAGCAGUGCCGAUGGCGUCGCUGCAGACCUUCUUGAACUGCAGCAGCAGCCUGCGAUUGAGAUUCAGGCGCGAGGGGGAGACGGCGGCUCGGGCGGCAACGGCGGCAACGGCGGCUGCGGAGCGCGUGGCACAAAGGGCAGCGAUGCCACAAGGUCGAGUCCAGCGGGCGAUGGCGGGCAAGGCGGCGACGGUGGCGACGGUGGCCGCGCUGGCAACGGUGCGAAUGGAGGCCGUGGUGGCCAGAUUCAAGUCUACGUCCAUGAACGCGACGCGGAUUUACUCAUGCUACUGCGCACGAGCCUCGCCCCACCGCCGCCGCCCGCAAGUAUGUCAAGCACAUCGAGCAUCAACUCGGGAGUGAAUCACAACACCUCAAGCGCGAGCCACUCGUCGCCUUUUCAGACGAGUCAAGCUACCGUUCCGACAGCCGUGGCAGGCGGCCGCGCUGGGCAGGCUGGCACCGCUGGUCUCGCCGGUGCUGGAGGGCUUGGCGGUCCUGGAGGACUCGGCAUUGUGUGGACGGCCCCAGCCUCGGGCUCGGGCAGCAGCAACGGUGGUCAAGCCAAGACAGUCCGACAGGAACGGGCCGCGGGCCGCACGGGGCCUUCUGGGCGAAGCGGUCGACCCGGGCUGACAGGCAUGCACGGACAGGACGGCGCGAACGGUGCUGCUGUUGUGACUGUUCAAUUCGACAAUGGUACUGCGGCCAACUUCACGCAGCCGUACGCGCUCCAGCUGGCACAAAGCGUGCAUUACGACACCCAUGGCUCGGGUAUACUGGAGCCGUCCAGCAACCUGCACGCCGGCGUGGCUCUUGUGAACGUCGGUGGCAUGCCUACACCCCGUCAUCAAGAUAUCGCUGUGCGCAUUGUUGCCAACCAAUGGGUCGGACCUGUCACACCACACGGCCAGGCCGGCGCGCAGCUUCUUCCUCGAGGAAUUGCGCCAGGGGCCACGGCGGCCAUCUCAACCCCCAUUUCAGCAACAAUUUCCGACAUUCGGCUCCAGCCCGUACCCGUCGAGCCCUUUGUGGCGCACGGGAAGAUUGAUUAUCGCGCAACUGUAAGUCGCGUCAACAUUGACUUUCCUGCCGUUCGUGCCCAGAGCACACCCGUCACGAUCUGCUUCCCCGUGCAGCUUUCAGCUGUACUGGGUGCGGACACACUGGUCCGUGGCGGGGAAGCCCCGUUUGCGUUCAAGGUGACCAAUAUCGCGCAAGUGGCCCUGGGCACCGGUUCUGCAUCAAGACGCCCCGUGCUUGCUCACAUGCGCCUUGUGAACACGGCCAAGCUAGACUCAUUGCGGGCUCACGUGGCUGCACCAAAGUCGACUUCCAUCCCCUCCGCACCGUCACUCGUUGGCAUCUCAGACCUCGACACGUCCCAUCGCGACGCUGGUCUCCCGACGAGUGCUGAAGAUGAUGACUUGCUCAAGAUUAAUGCCAAUUCGGUGCAAGCCGGGUUUGGCAAGUCUGAUCUGGCCGAGUUUGGGAGAUCGCUGUCGCAGCCGCCGCGGCUUUCUUUGAGCUCGUCGCUCGGGUUUGAAGACGAUCUUUUGCUGCGCUCGAGCGCUCCGCUGCCUUUCGCGGCAGAGCAAGUGAUUUUCCGCGACAAAAACGGAUUCCCAUUGGACUUGCAGGAAGGCCUCACUGCCAUGUUGGAGACGCUCCCCGCUGGAAGCUCGCGCAUUCUUUCUGGCACUUUUGCCUUUGCAAGCAAUGAGGUACCCUUGUACACUCACGCUGUUUUGCAAGCAUCGCUUGCACUCGGUAAACUGCGCGACCCUGCCCAGCUCCAGCUAAUUCAGCAACGGCUGCAUCUGGUGCAGCUGUGUGAAACGUACGAGCGCAACUGGUCUGCUGACGUGCUACUUGUGCUCAACUCUCUCACCACCACCGACGAGAUUGCCGCUUGGGAGCGCGUCGCCCGUCGUUUGGGCCUGGUUGUCAACCGCUGGAACGUGUCCUUUUAUGGUGGACUCUCGCUCCGCGAUCUGAAACCAGACGGCACGUCGCUGGCUCGGGAUUUAAAGCACAAGUCGAUCAUUCUUUUGAACAAUGCCUUCCGCCCUGGCGGCCCUGCAGCGGCUGCGAGCGUGUCUGGCACGGCAGUGCUGCCGCUGCAUUUGAUGCCGACCGGCGAUCUCCUAGCCGCCGCCCGCGACUUUGGCAUCCAUUCUUAUAUUGUUGGCAGCGUGCCACCAUCGAAAAUCCCUGCAGAGGAGCUGGUUCCGCUCGAUGUGAAGAGGCAUGUUGCGUCGUAUGCAACCCGCGAGGACUUUUUGUUUCACCCACACAUGGCCGACUUGGGAUUGUGGCUCCCUGCACACCACGUCGGGGACUUUUCAGGUCAGGUGCACGUUCACCUCGAACGUAGUUGGCGAUGGAAAGCCAUGUAUGGCGUUCUUCGUAAAGCAAGCGGGACCCUGUCCCUGUACUACACGGAACGCGACGAUCGUCCUGUCGCGCUAUUGCAACUAGCCGGAGCGGUGCUCUACCGAGACACUCACGACGGAUGCGCAUUCACCAUCAUUACCGCUUCACACAACAUCAAAUUCCGCAUUGGCAGCGCUGCCCGAGCGACUGCUGUUCAAUUUGCGAAUGCAUCACCUCCAACGUCGCCCUCACCACACUCCCUGCAACCAACAGCCAGUCAUCCAUUCGCCGGAUCUCCCUCUGGCCUGCAUGGAUCAGGAUCUCACUCUGGGUCGAUGCAUUCACUCGACUCCCGCGAGCCAGAACGACUAGCGCCCAUGCCGCAUGCCUCUGCUCCCCGGAACAAGGGCAAGCUGGCAAGCUCCAUCCUUAAAAAGGCACAGUCCGCUCGUCACCACCUAAAGCGUGACUCGGUGGAAUUGCUGGCGCAGGCAGACACCGACGCCACGGAUGAUGGCUCCGAUUUGGACGAAGAUUUGCCAAUCCAGGAUGGCGUCGGGGUCGAUCGCAGUAAAUCAUCCAAUGGCUUGCCACAUCAACGGUCGGAGCAACCCACCUUUGAGCGCGUUGGGGAAGACGAAGAGGAAACCGGCCCGGCUGUUGUCGAUGUCAAAGACGUCUCCGCCGAUCAUGGCGAGUGGUGGCGGCAGAUUCGUUCUGUUGCCAUCUCUGCCUCGCAAGCUCACGUUGCACUGGCGUCGCAGCGUGGCGGCGAAGAGUUUCCGUCCCUUGGCAGCAUUGAUGGCUUGUCUGGCGAACUGGAGCUGGAAUUUAGCGUGUUCUUGGGCAAGCGGUAUUCGUCCAAGUUCUUUGUUCUCCGUGCUGAGCGCCAAGAGCUCGACCAAUUCGAGUCCGAGUCUGCUCUUGAGCCAGACCGUACAAUUUCCCUGCGUAACGCUGUUGUUCGCUGCGGCCAUCCACGGGACAACCCUCUGAGCGAGCAAUUCUUUACCAUCAUGUCGGCUACAGACACGAUCGUUCUGCGACACCGGCCUGGCUUGCCGGGCUCGGGACAACACACCCGCGACGAGUGGCUUUUGGCGAUCGCAGUCACACUUGCCCAUCGACCAGAAGAGAGUGCGCAAGACGAUCCGGAAGACGACUACUCCAUCGAAGCUGACAAGCGCGGCGUGAGCGAGCUGCCCUCCGCGUCCGGACGUUCCACUGCAAUGCUUCGCGUCGACCGCUGGCCGUGGUACGCGUUUGAUCGGUGCAAUCGACUGGUGGUCGAAACUUCUGCGCUGGACUUCAAGGGUUCUCCGCAGCUGAACGAUCUCGUCCGCAAGGCCUACCGAUUCGCGUCUCGGUUGGCCAAGCGGUACCCGACUCAGCGGUUUGUGGUAGUCUACGAGUUCAACCCUGGAAGGGUCGCUGGCGGGUUUAUCAAGCCGCGAUAUCGUGUCGGCUCGCUUCGAGUCUUCCGCACGCUCGACUCCAUGGGCACAUCGCUUAUUCAGCAGCGUGUCGAAACCGACGCUCUUCAUUCAACCGAGUGGAUUGAGUCAAACUUGAACUUGUUCAACACUUUCAAGACUGUCUCAUUUGCUCGAAAGUUGGCGCUCUUGCCAAAGCCCAAUCUUGCGUACCCGUCCGUUCAACAGUGGCGGAAUGGCGAGGCGCUCACCACCGAUGUCGGCAUCAUGUACCAAGCACUCCUGUCCGAUCUAGCGGAUGAGCAAGCGGCGCUCCGAAAUCACCGCUGGAUGUCGACUCUCGAUCAAGACAACCUGUUGCCUCAUCUCCAAUGUCUCCGAGAGCUUGCAGCGUUUGCUUUCGGAACUGUGGAUGCAUCUUCCACCAAGGAGUUCUUCCUGGCAAGAAUGUUUGCAGACAUUCUAUUCAUGGCGCGGAAUAUUACUUGGUUUUGGGACCGCAUUCUGCCUCGACGACGCAAUGCACGAAUUUCUCGCGCGACCGAGGCUGUCAUUUUGGCUGCCGUCAAGACGACAGCCUUCCGAGCUCCUGACAACUCUUACUACGACGGCACUGAUCUGGUCAUGGCAGAGCUGGCGACGUUGCAGUCUCUUCAGGGUCGCAAAGUUUGGCGCAUGACUCCUGGUCAAGUGCUGCAUCACUUCUGCUUCCCGCCUGGUUUGAACCUCGCGACUCGCGACAACCACGACCGCCACACGCGCCGCUACGCCGAGCUUGUCACCCGAUCCUCUGCCCCUUCAGCGCCGAACGGCGCUGGAGCUCACCCCACUCCCGCGGGAGCGCUCCGAGUGGACCCCGUCCCUGUGAUGCUCCCAACCAAGCUCGAGUCCAAACCUGCGACUGUCCACUACCGGUUGCACGACAAUCGUUGCGUAAACAUCGUGUUCAGUGCUGCGGAGUUUGAGCAGCGCCAAGCAGAGCAGCACAAGGGCUGGCCGAUUCGGAAGGAUGCUCAACUCCAGCGGUUUGACUCUGCCUCUCGCGUUGCUGCAAUCGAGAAGCUGGAGCACUUGCUUGCUUGAGCAGGAUGAGUCUACUCGUGUGUAUUACUUGUUGGGGAUGGAUUGGUUCGGUUUCCGUUGUAAUCUACAGUAAAAAUAUUGAAC